AUGCCCACUUCGCCAACUAAACAUGUUGUCCUAAGUGUAUCCUCCGGCCUGGCAAUUGCCGCUCUUCUCAAAUAUCUCAAGGAUGGGGACCGAGACAAAACUUCGACGAGCCUAAACGCCCAUGGAAUUGAAGCACAGCUUGGACCCUGGUAUUCUGCCCCAGGAACCUGGAUGCCAUUUGAGAAUGAGAAGCAGAUCGUGACUCUCGGUCCAGCCAUUAACGCGAGGCUCGCGGACGGAUUCUGCGGCGUCAAUGAGGUCCAGAUAUCACGGCUACCCCUCGCUGAAGCCGGAACAAGUGCCUGGUCCAUCUUGACUAGCAUUAUCCACCCCUCCCCUUUCCCCAGAGACGCUCUUGAGCCCUCAUCCUCAUCCUCAUCCCCAAGCAAAGAAGAAGCGACAACUCUGAAUCCAAAGGAUUACUGGCCGCACUUGCCCCUCGAACCACUGACUCUCCAUGACACCAAACUCUGUGUAAAAAUCAGCCGCGCAACAUUAAUGACUCUCUUCGCAAUCACAAACGCACGCCCGAUCUUCAGUUAUUCCUCCGCGUCAGGCUACCGCUCCGCAUACCCCUCCUACUGCGGUCAAUGGAGCAUCGCAUGGCCCAUCGGAAAACCAUGCAUACUGCACACGAUAGCCAUAGCGCCGCAACGGACGUCUACCCCCCCCCCCCCCCCCGAUUUCUCCGUGCGGGCCGAUAAGUGCGUCGAGCUGCUUUGCGGCAUCGUCUCGGAUGCCGCGGGGUGGAAGCUCGCGUUCCCGGGUAGGGCGAAAGGGCAGGGACCGUGGAAGUUGGAGGCGACCAAGAAAGGGUUUCCGGGUGCGCAUGGGAGUCGGCAUUUGUAUAAUAUGAUGGGAGGGAGGGUCUUCGAGGUGGAUUUACUAUCUCUUGUACGCUGCAACAGCGAGAUCGAUACGAAGGACUCGGCACUGAAGCUUGAAAUCCCCUGUCUGACAGCGUCUCCCCAAAAUGAACAUGACGUGGCGGUCGUCUUCGUGCCAGAGCCCAUACAGGCGCUUUUAGCUCGGGCGCUCGACUGCCUACCUUGGUCUUCUCUCUCCUGGUCCCUGCACCGCGGUCUCAAAGACACACUUCUCGCAUACGGAAGACCAACCAUGAACCGUCACCGGCGGCGCCUAGCCAGCAUGUUAAAACGCGUCGCGGAAGAGAAAUUAUCUAGCUUAGUGAAGAAAGGAUGGGAUGCCGAGUUUGUCAAAAGCUCUAUGGGAGACAUGGCCGAAUCGUCCAUUAUGGCAGGAGUUGGGAACAGUGGAGAUCUAGUCCGGGUCGUUAUUGCGGUGGUAGAAGUCCUGAUUGAGCAUUCUCAAGACGAGGGCUGGUCGAAGAACAAAGACGAGACGGAUUUCUGGAAGGGACUGAUACAGAAAACCAAGGAUAGUGAUAGUGAUAUAGACUUGGACUUGAAUAUGGAUAGCAGCAUUAUUGGAUUGGUGAAGUUUUUCGUCUUAGAGUGGUCGCAGGAGCUAGAUUAUCAGCUUUAUCAUCAGCUACCUGUGUCGCUUUACUUGGCUUAG